CUCGUCUCCUUCAGUUGUCUCUUAGGUUUUAUGCUGAAAUUUCUCAACACUGAAUGAGGAACUUUUCAGUACAUUGUGGUACCUCUUUUAUAUCUCCAUAUUAUUCCAGCACACUUCUAUUCUUCUCCUGACUAUUGGCUAAAGUAUACGUAUACACAUUCAUAUCCCUUAAUGAAUGCACUAUAAAAUACAUGUGAUAAAACUGAAGCAGCUGAGAAACUACUCCUAAACUCUAAGAAAAAAAAAUAACUGAACUUCUACUACAGGGUAGACAGAAAAUUUGUACCGGCUUUAGGGUGAUAAUUAAUUAAUAUGGAGUUCUUUAUGGUAAUACAAAGCAUAGUAAUGGCGAUUAUUUUGGACCGAAAAUGUGUUUUGGAACCGAAGUGUACACGAGAAAGUCAGGCUCGAUCCCAGACCAUGGCAGGCAGGAUCCUUCCCCUGCCAGAUGAGGUACGGUGCCAGCUGAGGUCAGGUGUUGCCAUUGCAUCUGUGGCCCAGUGUGUGGAGGAGCUGGUCCUGAACAGCCUGGAUGCUGGUGCCACUUGUGUGGCUGUGAGGGUGGACCUGUCCAUCUUCAGGAUCCAGGUGGUGGACAAUGGGGAGGGUGUGCCUCAGUCUGACCUCAAGUACCUGGGGAGAAGGCAUGCUACAAGCAAGUGUCACUCCUUAAAGGACCUCAGCAGCAAUUUAUGUCACUAUGGCUUCCGGGGAGAGGCUCUGGCCAGCAUUGUUAAUUUGUCAGCCAUUGUUGACAUCACCACCCGUCCCCAAGGCAGCCCCCGCACCCUCACCAAACUGUUCACCUUUGGGAAAGAGAGGUCAGUGUCCACUGCCAAAAUCAACAGGCCGAGCAUUGGGACAACAAUCACCAUCCAGGAGUUCAUGCACAACAUGCCCGUGCGGCAGAAACUUGUUAGAGAAGCCAUUGAUGUGGAGAGCAUCAGGAUGCGACUGGAGAGUUUUGCUUUGAUGCAUCCAAAAGUGGCCUUCAGUCUGAGGAAUGACCGCACCAGUACUAUGGUGGUCCAAACCAAGAAGUCAAGUGGUACCCUGGCAACCUUCCUGCAGCUGUUUGGGGUGGAGCGGGCACAGGGCAUGGCUGAGGUGCACCACUCCCUUGGCCCCUUCACGGUGUCAGGCUACAUUGGUACCCAGCCUCACCUCACCAAGGCACUCCAGUUUGUGUACAUCAACAAGAGAGUUGUUCUCAAGACCAAGAUUCACAGGAUGCUCAAUGACUUGUUGGCUCGCAGCUCCAUCAUUAGUGCCAGACUCCACCCCAGUAGUGUGGUUCCCAGCAGUGUGGGUCCCAACAAGACUCCCUCCAGUCCCCCAAAGGGCAUGAGGCUGUAUGGAAUGUUUGUGCUGAACAUUGAAUGUCCUUAUAGUGAGUAUGACAUCUGUCUGGACCCAUCCAAAACUCUGGUGCAGUUCAAGGAUUGGAAUAGGCUUCUGCUCUGUAUUGAGGAGCUGGUCCUGCAGUUUGCCAGUGAAGAGAACCUCAUGAUUUCCCUGGACGAGAGAUUCCGGUUAUCAGGGAAGGACCAGGAGGAAGGGGAGGAGGAGGUGGAAGAGGAGGAAGAAAAACUGAAUUUGUCCCAGAGUAGCCAGUCCCGUCUUCAGGUGUUUAGUCUUAAAAGGAGUUGUGAAGGAAGUAAAGAAGAUGAAAAACCAGGACCAGCAAAACAAAAAUAUGGGAAAACACUGAACACCCAAGACAACCUGCUGGCUGUCCACUCAGUGAUGGUCAAGAGGGCCAGGAGGGAGUCCAAGGUGUAUGAGGAGGACAAAGAAAUAAACUGUGAUAAUGAUGAACUUCACAGCAACAAUGAAGCAACUAAAGAAUGCAGUGACAAAAGAGAAAGUAAUUUUGAUACAACCCAGAAGGAUGAUGACUCCACACUGGGUGCAAUGAGGAAUAAAAUAAGGAAGUAUUGUGAAGACAAUAGUGAAGAUGAGAAUGAAGAGAGAAGUAUCAGAAUAAACCAUAAGGACAGUCAAGCUGAUACUUCAAGGCAUGUUGAGGCCACAACAGUGACUCCUCAAGGAUCCCCAGGCAAGAGUAAGGAAAAUGACAAGUCCAGUGUUUCUCAUUCUCUCCCUGAGUUUGAGGAAUUAUCUGUCAGUGGUAAAAGUAACUCUGAAAACACACAUGUCUCAGAAAGCAGUGAAAGUGAUGAGACUGUUUCUCUUGCAGCAAAAAGAAAGGAGGGGGUGAGGAGUGUUUUGGAAGAGUUUAAGAAAGUACUGGAGGAGGUCAAUGAAAGGGACAAGAACACAGAAAGUGACUUAGAAGAAGCUCUAGCUCUCACUGAAAGCAGUACCCAGGAGGAGAGGAGAGGUGGGAAUGUGGACAGGAACACUGACAGAACAGUGAGUAACACAGGCACUUUGAGCACAUUGCAGGAAUUCAUGAACUUUAACAUGAGAGAGGAGGAGAAGGAGGCCCUGGAAGGCUGCCAUACUCCAGAGGAAUAUGUGAGAGGCACACCAACCUCUCCUCCUCCACUCAAGUCCCUUCGUGCCUCCUCACCGUCUCCUUCUGCAGCAAAAAAUAUCAUCCUUGAAGCCUGCCCCAAGAGAACAUGGCAGUCAUCAACGGACCCAGAGAGCCAGAGGGAAUUUGAUUUUAAGGCUGAAAAAAGGAAAGCAAGUGAUGUUGAUAAUGAGGGACAUAUUGAGAAAAGAGUGACACGAGCUUCCCCACAUGAAGCGAGGCAUGGAAAAAAUCAGUCCUUGAGUAAAUCCCUCAGUGAAAAGUUCAGGAAUCACCAGAACAGAUCUAGGGCUCUGCAGUCCCUUCAGAAAUUUGGUUACAGCAAAACUAAACCAACUCAGAACAUACAAGAAACAUAUUUUGCCGCUAGAGAAAAGAUACUGGGUGGAGGAAGAAGUACUGUGGGCAGUAAUGUAGUGGGAAAUAGUGUUAUGGUGUCAGCAGAGUCUCCUAGACUCAGCACAUAUGAUGAAAGUACACAAGACAAGGGCAGUGAGGAGUGCCUUGAUGCAAGCUUCAAGUUUGAUCCUGUAAUUACCAAAACAUUCCAAGAUGUCGAUACUUGUCGGUCUCACAUACAGUCCUGCAGAAAGAAUGAACCUUCCAUGGACAUGCUUCUUGAUAACAGUGCAGUGGAUACUGAGAGCGGAAGGGUUGAGAAAAUAUAUUGUAAUCCUAUUAUUGGUGUCUCCUCAGAGUGUGGAAAUGGUAGGAGUGGUGUGGAUGGGAGCUGUGAGAAUGUAAUGAGUAAUGUGGAUCAUAGUGGUGGAAAUGGUAUGAGUGUUAGUGAUGGGAAUGUUGUGGAUGGCAGCAGUGACAGCAGACUCAGUACUUUGAAUCAGCGCACCACAACACCCAAGAAAACUAGUUCAUUGUUUAAUAUUGCAAUGAAUUAUGCCUCAUCACCGGAGGGUUCUGACGGCAGCCCAGAGAAGCCCAGCGCUCACAACACUCCACUAAAGGUUCCUCAAUUCUUGGGUUUUGAGGAAAGCUUAGCACAUCCAAAAGGUGCCCCCACAGGACCCCCUCACGUCCUAGGUGACACCUGUACAGUUGUGAAGCCUGCUCAGAAGUGUACCGGUUCUGGGACUGUGAAUAUCUCAGGACAGAGGGAUCGAGUGGCUAAUACAUUUGUGGAAAGUGAAAUUCCAAGGAUUGUAAAUGAAUCAGUGACAAAUAUCAACACAUCUCAUUGGACUAGCACUCUUUGUGAAACAUCUAAUAAGUCUAAUUCAUUUAAUGAAAGGACAUUACCUGUGUAUGACAAAGAUUGUUUAAGUCAUUCAGUACAUAAAGGAGGAACUCAGUUCAAAGUUUUACAAAAUAGUAUAGAUUCCAGUUCAGCUUCCUACAGUGUACCAAUCACACAGGCUUUUGAGGUGAGCAAGCCAGUGACCCACCAGGAAGCUUAUAGAGAGACACAGGAGAUGCAGGAGAGCAUUUGUCAAUUUCAGCCAUCCCAGGGCUUCACUCCUUCAAGUAUUGAGCCAGGAAUACAAAGGCUAAGUUUGAGUGCAGAUGAAUCCUGGGUGCCUGCAUGCUCCCAGCAGGUGCAGGAUGCAGUGGACAGUGCAAGAGCUGUUAGUGUAGAACAUGAAGAAGCUAUGCAAAAAGAAACAUCAGACCAAAUAUCAGAUUCUAAGGUGCUGGAAUCUCCUAAUGUACUAAGUGAAGAGCCACUUACAGAUACAGAACCAUUGCCUUCACAGAUGAAUAUAGGAAACAGCUCAGCAGGUGUGUGCAGACCACCAGUACCAGAACCCUCCUUAGCACUUAACACUCACCCUUUGCCUUCAUCUCAGGGAGGAGAGGUCCCUGAAGUGCAGAAGGGCUGUGGGCCAACUUCUCAAACCUCUCCAAAUCCUUUCUCAGAAUCCCUGCACUUCUCCCAGCUGACUCUACCUGAAGAGGGGAGCAGUGAGGCCUCUUCUGGCACAAACACUCUGCUUGCUAGUUCAUCACUUUCUCUUGGGCUUCCCUUCACCUACCACUCAUCGGGAAAUUCUGAGCCACUGAAGAAAAAGAUGUCUUCGUGUGACAUUACUUUCCAAGGCAAAGUUAUUCAAAUGGGAAACAGAAAAGAGAUUCACAAAGGAAGUGUAGAAGUAUCCAAGGAAUCUGAUUGUGAUGUAAACAUAACGCCAUCCUUGCUGGAAAGAAUACAUGGAUCAGACAACUCCAGCAGUGCAUUCCUUGAAGCUACCCAAAAAAUUUCCAUUGAUUCAUCAUCUUCAGUGCAGUCUUUCAAGAAUGCAAAUGGUCAUAAGGAUCCUGAAUCUAGCAAACCUGAAUACCCUGUGCUUGGUAAAGACUCCAACUCCUGCCAAGACCUGAAGUCUUCACAUGAAGGCAUGUCAGAGCAGAGGGAGGUAACACCUUGUGAGACACAGAGGUCCCCUCAGGCUAGCAGGUGGCAGGAGGCUGUGGACAAGGAAGGGAGGAGAGUUUAUGUAGAUCUUCAGACUGGUAACUCGUCUUAUGAGCCUCCUGAAGUAAAAGAUAGCCCAGCAUGGACCUGCAGCCAGCCCCUUGGUGCCAGACUUCCCAAGGUGCCCCUGACACACGAGCCUGGGUAUGUCCCAAGAGGCAGCGGUCAGAGGGACAGGGACAGCUUCACUCUCAGCCAUGGCUUCACCGAGCUCAUGUCUUGGAAAAAAACAAUAGAAAUGAGGAAGAGGGAGAGUGUGGGUCAGGCAGGCAGUGUUAGAAACCCAGAGCCAGGAUGUAGCGGUGCUUGGGCUGGAGGGACGAUGACCACUUCCUCAGGUGUGACUCAGGGGGUGCAGGAGGCCCUGGAGUCCUUGCUGGAGGACUGUGAGGCAGACAAUGACUUUGUGAAGUGGACAGAAAAACCAGAAACUUCCCCUCAGAAGUCUGCACAGCCCUCCCAGGUGGCUCAGAUCUGCCAGAUGUGGGAGCCACCAGACUUUGCCAUGGAAGCAGAGGUGCUGAACUCUGGGCCUGAGGGGGCGGGCCCAAGGGGCAGCUCUGGAGUAAGGGUGUACAACAUGAUCCACCCAUACAGGUUCUCCCAGGAAAUGCUUCAUUCCUGUAAGGUGUUGGGACAGUUGGAUGAGAAGUUCAUUGCCUGCAGCCUGACGUACCAAAACCCUGAGGGAGCUCCCGGCUCGGCCAGUCAGCUGGUGGUUCUGUUUGACCAGCAUGCCGUCCAUGAGCGAGUGCGUCUGGAGACAAUUAUCCAGGAGAACUGUGAGCGACUGGACUCGGGGGAGAUUGUGCUGAGCAAGAGUGCCGUCAUUCCCCCACUGGAGCUGGACCUGCCGGAGGACGAGGUGCGGCUGAUGCAAGCCUAUGCACACAAGUUCAACCAGCGGGGACUUUACUUCACACGGGCCAGUCCCUCAAAGGUCCUGUUCCAACUCAUCCCAAGCUGCCUGGUGCCGAGGGAGGCCAACGAGGUGCGCCAGAAGCGGUGCCAGACUGCUGGCGCCAUUGUGGAGAGUGUGGUGCGGGACCUGUGCCACACCAUGCACCAGACAGGAGGUGUGCUGGGCCUCAUCCCUCGUCCCAUCAGCCAUGUCUUCAACACCAAUGCCUGCAGGGGAGCCAUCAAGUUUGGUGACACGCUGACCAUAAAGGAAUGCCGGGAUCUGCUUGCCUCCCUGUGCUCCUGCCAGCUGCCCUUCCAGUGUGCUCACGGCCGCCCCUCGGUUGUGCCGGUGGUGAAUCUGACACACCUGGCCUCACGCACUCCCAAGAGGAUCAAUAAGCCCAACCUAAGGAAGCUGAGGGAGGCCAUGGAUGCAGGUGUUCUCCUCUGAGGACGCCAUUGGCUGGGGAAGCAAGGUGAGGGUCGCUUUACACCACAGGAGUGACAACAAUUGGUAUAUAGAAGUUUUUAAUAAGCUUUAUUGAUGAGUCUGGUAUUGUUUUCUGUGAUAUGGGAGUACUUGUGAUUUUAAUGAAACACUCUUUAAUUUGAAAGUCUAGUCUUUAGUUUAAUCUAUAUUCUUUGUUUGGUAUUUAUUUAUUUUCAUUUUUUUUUUUUUUCUUGAUCAGCAGUGUACAUUAUCUGACUGGUGUGUUAAUGAAGCUGUAGGAUAAGUGUAUUCUGACUUUUCCAUAAUGAAUACUCAAUGGUCUUUGAAGCUUAAGAGUAAUGUGAUUUUAAACUUUAACUAUUUACAGUUUUUUAAUAUAUUCAGGAGUUAAUAGGUUUUGAAGUAUAAUCUUGACAUGGAAUAUAAAUCAUAGCACUUAUUGACAAUGAUGACAUAUUAUGUUGUACCUUUCCUCUUAUGUUUUCUAAUAAUUCCAUAACUCUUUCUUAUCUUUCCUCACUCUAGGGACUUUAUAUCCAUCAACCAUUAGCUUACUGGCUCUCAGUCUCUCCUUCCUAGUAGCUUUAUUCCUCUGCUCUCUACACUGUCACUCACCUAACUCAUGUGGCUCAGUUAUUAAUAUCCUCUCAGUAUUAUGUAGCUCAUGAGCUAGAAAUGAUACUUGCAUUUUUCAGCAGUGUCAAUUGAUUGAUUGAUUGUAAUGUUUAGUCUGUUAGCUGCCUGGUAAUGUACAUGAUUACAGCACAGUUCAAAGUGCAGCCUCUCUCAGUACAUUUUGUAAGAUGGUUCAUGUUUUGUUGGGUGUGGUACAAUAUAUUUUUUAUACAACUUCUCUUUCUUGUACCUCUUGUGUGUGAAGUCAUAUUAAACAAAGAAGCAGAAGGAAAUAAAUGGACACAAAGAUAUAAAUAGUAAUAAUGAAUAUUGAAUAACUUAAGGGCAAAUGAUGCUGAAGUUAAUUAACCUUUUAUUGUUUUUGUUUGAUAGAUUAAAGAGAGUUUCAGAUCCCCUGUUCUUUCCCCUUUGGUCAGCUUCUUGACUUGUAGGAAAUACAGACUUAUGUUCAAAAUCUUCAGGAAGAGUGUUAAAUAACUGUAUUUAUAUAACAAGUAACUCCUUCCUCAAAAGCCUGAUAGUGUUAUGACAUUAAUACCUUUUUAUAAUACUUAUUGACAUACAAAACAGAAAUUUAUUUAAUUUUUUUUACAUUUAUGCUUAUAUGAGAAGCCUCAUAUAAAAUUGUUGAUUACCUCAGAAUACAUUUAUAUUUUUGUAAAUAAAUAAGCUCUAUUAAU